GUCGGCACACACCGUCGCGCCGCAGUCUCGUCACGUUUGCUGGCACUACUGUUGCUUACUUUCUCGUUGUCCGUUCCCGGUAUAGUCUCGUGUGUGUCUGUGGUUUUCUCGUUUUAUUUUUAUUUUUAUUAAACAUUGUAUAAUCCGUUUACAAUAAUUUUAAUUUUAUUAACAACUUAGCCAUUCACGACAAUAACGGUCGGUGCUCGUAUUUGAAAACGCCAGUAGUACUUUGAAGAAAUCGUUUUGUGCACGUUUCGGUGUACAUAAAAAAAAAAGCAAAAAGUUUUACUUUUAAUAACGAUUUCGUGUAUUAAUAUAUAUUUUUAAUUAUUUAUAUAUAUAUUAUAAUAUUCGACGUCUUUUUCCUAGUACUACACUGUAAUAUUACGAUGGCGCCGGACAACGUGGACAAGGUUUUACACUCGUGUCAAAGUGGAUAUCAUACGAUAUGUUCAAGGUGAGGACUGUAUCGCUGGGGAGAAUUUUAACAUUUUCGACAGCCGUCUUAUACCUCGGUUAUCUUUGGUACAAGCGCAAGAGGGUUUUGUCACAUCACCUGAGUGACGGCAACAAAUCUAGUUCUGAAUCGCCAGAGCUAAACAAAAUCAACGACCAAGAAUUGAUAAAGGCAUUGGAAAAAGCCUCUCGUACAAUUGAAGUAGCGUCACGCAUCACCGAAGAAGAGUCUGCUGCCGUUGGAGGAGGAGACUCCUGGUCGUCGGCUCACCAAGAAGAAAUCAUGGAGCCAACCAUCAGUCAAGUGGAAAUCAAGGAAGUGGAAACGUUAGUAAACUGCUGUAGUAGUCCAUCGAAACUUGAGUUGGACACUAAGGUUAUGCCCGUAGAUUCUAACUCCGGACUUAGUAAAAUGACAGUGGAGUCCUUAGCCGAGGACUUGAGUAAUUUAAAUUUAAAUCUAGAUUCGGAUGAUAAAUUACCAACACCGCUAGAAGAACGUUUAGCUUUAGAACAGAGUGUUUCGUCACCUGUUGUCGAAGCAAUGAAAACUAGUGAACAACAGAAAGAAUGUUGGGUGGAGAUGAUUGAAAAAGAAGAAGAAGAUCGUUGUGAAUGUCCGAAAGCCGCCGUUGCUGCUGUAACGACCAAAAAGGGAAAGAAAGAUGAACAACCCAUGUUGUUUGAAGGUAUCCAGUUCAAAGGGAAAAAAAAGAGAAAUCGCAAGAAGAAACCGGUGAAAGAUACCGUGGUAAAGCUUCUGCCCACCGAAUCUCACCACAAGGUGGGCAAAACUAGUAGCAUAGGCAACAGUGUUAAGCCUACUGCCGCCACCAAAAAAACCCAUCAAAUAGUGGAAGAGGAUUGUGAUUCAGCUCAUAGUGUAGACCACAGCAUUGACACAAAUGACGCGCCCAAUACGAUAUAUUCGGAUAUCAGGAGCGUGGGUUCGCAAGACAGCGGGAAAGGUGGCAGCUCGUAUUCAGGUGAAUUGCAUACGAUAUCCGAUGCUGACGAGCAAAUGAGUUUUGAUUUUAUGGUUCCCAUUGACUUGGUUGGUCCCAUUAUCGGCAAAAAAGGAGCUUUUGUCAAGUACAUUAAGGAAAAGAGUAACGUAAGACUUUUUGUUGAAAACAAGACCGAGAGUCCUGAAGACAAGUUUAAGAUGUGCACUCUGAUAGGAUCUGAAAUUAAUAUAAGGAAAGCGCUUAAGUUGAUAAGAGCAAAGUUCCCAGAAAAAACGUUCCCAGAGUUAACAUUGGAGUGCAUUACUCCGAUGAUGAUGGAUGGCGGUACUCCCGUUAUUUCGCAAUUGUACAAAUCUGAACUAAUCGAAGGAGUCAACAACAUUGUGAUUAUUACCGAUGUGGUUGCACCUGACCAUUUCUUCGUGCACAACGCUUCCACCCCGGAUUAUGCUUUGCUGUCGGCGUUAAAUUUUGCAAUGAAUGACAUGUUCGCUGCCAACAAAGAAGACAUCCCAGAAGUGGACUUGCGCACAGUCACCCACGGUUCCGUUGUGGCCACGUACAGCGAAGGAAACUGGUACCGCGCUCAAGUGAUAGACGUUGACGAAAAGAAAUACGAAUCGGCCAACGUGUUCUUUUUGGAUUAUGGCGGCUGCAAGAAAAUUGACCAAUGCGACAUGCGACCCAUGCACGACACAUUGGUAUCGUUAAGUUUCCAAGCAAUCGAAUGUAGUCUGGCCAAUGUCGCUCCGACGUACGGAAAAUGGUGCGAAGAAUCGCUGAAGGUGUUUGAAGCUUUGACGACCGGAAAAAUGCUGUUCGCCCAAGUCAUUUACAAGUCUGAUAGUAUACAAUAUGUUAACUUACUUGCGUACGACGGUUUAGUGACAAUCUCCGUAAACGAUGAGCUGGUUAAAUAUGGAUUCGGCACCUACAUGCCAAAUGACAGCGUUCGCCAAAUCUUCAUUGAACCGGCGGCGAUAACUGAGCACGAUCCUUUGUACGCAUCAGCUUAGAUUGGUCGUUUCUCAUUCGCUGUUAAAUGGUUAUUAAGAUUAUUUUAAUUUUCGCCUCGACUGUUAUUGCGUUAAUUUUAUUUUCUCAUUCAUUGUCAUAACAAUUUUUUUUUUUCCAUUUGAAAAAAUUUCCGUAUUUUAACCCAAAGGGUACAUAUUUUAUUUAUCGAUCGGUUGAAGCACUAAUUUUUCUACACUAAAACAACUAUUAUGACUAUUUUUUAAAAAAAAUUUUAUUUACCAUCAAGACUUAACUACCAUUCAUUCGAACACUUUCAUAAGUUUUUUUUUUUUUGACCAAUCGAAAAUAACUUAAUACGAAUGACCAAUUUUUUUUUCAAAUAUACCAAAUUUUAUUUUAAAAAUUUUUAAAAGAAACAAUAAGAUCAUCGCUUAUUAAUCAAUAAUUAUUAUUUUAAACAUACAUAUAUAUAUAUAUAUA